AUGGAAGGGGUCCAACCCCUGGACGAGAAUGUAGGAAACACGCCCCAGCCAAGAGUCUCUAAGAACAAGCUCCUGCUGGUGGUCACUUGCGUCCAGGGGCUGGGGCUGCUCCUGUGCUGCGUCUUUAUCUGCCUGCACUACUUUACUCCCCAGGUACACCAUCCAGUUCAAAGUAUCAGAGUACAGUUUACUGAGUACGAGAAGGAGAAAGGUUUCAUCAUCAUAUCCCAAAAUCAGGAUGAAAUCAUGAAGGUGAAAAACAACUCGAUCGUCAUUAACUGUGAUGGGUUUUAUCUCAUCUCCGUGAGGGGAUACUUCUCCCAGGAGGUUAACGUCAGCCUUCAUUACCGGCAGAAGGAGGAUCCCUUCAUACUCCAGAGCAAGGCCAGGUCUAUCAACGCCAUCUUGGUGGUCUCGCUGCGUUACAAAGACAAAGUCUACUUGAAUGUGACCACUGACCAUAGGUCAUCCUAUGAUGACCUCCAUGUGAAUGGUGGAGAAGUGAUUCUCAUUCAGCAAAACCCUGGUGGAUACUGUGCCCCCAAGGAUCUGAUGGCAGCACCCCAAAAUCAGGUACCAGCAUGA